AUGUUGUUUCGUAUGAAGUACAAAUGUUGUUUUCUUUGGGUGGAUGUUUCUAUUCCCGUGCUUCAUUCGUCUUUAUCCUCACGUGUGGAUCGCAUGAUUGAAGCGGGUCAAGUGAAUGAAGUUCGUGAGUUUUUCAACCAAAAAGAUUUUGAUUACGAUUACACUAGAGGGAUACGAAGAGCCAUUGGUGUACCUGAAUUUGACGAGUUUUUUAGAGCGGAGUCACAAGGUCUAACAGAUGGAAGAACUAUGAAGAAGCUUCUAGAAGUAGCUACUGAUGCUCUUAAAGUGAAUAACUGUAAGCUUGCGAGUAAACAAGUUGAGAAGAUUCAUAGGCUUUAUGGUAUAUGGAAAAAGAACAUGCACCGUCUUGAUGCUACGGAGGUUGUGCUUAAGGAAGAUAAUUGGGAGGAUCGUGUGUUGGCGAAGAGUCUUAGGAUUGUACACAAGUUUCUAUACGAGGAUGGUGGUAAUGGUGGUUGUAUUGAGCCUGCAAAAAUUCCGAUUGUGGCAGGGUUUUCACAUGUGCUUAUCUGUCCAAAGCGCGAAGUUAAGCGUUUUCUUGAUCUAACUGCUGAGGAGACUUCUGAUUUAUGGCUCACUGCACAAAAAGUAGGCAGGCAGCUUGAGAGCUACCACAAGGCUUCAUCACUCACUUUGGCCAUCCAAGAUGGGCCCCAAGCAGGACAGACAGUACCUCAUGUUCACAUUCAUGUUGUCCCGCGGAAAGGUGGUGAUUUUGAGAAGAAUGACGAGAUAUAUGAUGCAAUGGAUGAAAAGGAGAAGGAAUUGAAGGAAAAACUUGAUUUGGAUAAGGAGAGGAAAGACAGGAGCGCGGAAGAGAUGUCACAAGAGGCAGAGGAAUACAGAAAACUUUUCUUGUAA